CAACACCAACACCAAUCGCAUCAAUAGUAACAGCAAACAACAAUAAUAAAAAGUGCUACGGCUAAAGCAACAAGUUAAACACACCCUAGACUAGCCUUGGACGGCCAAUCUGGGUGUGAAAGGGGCGGCUGUGAAUUUUCGCAAUGGUAGGACAUAAUGCGGAAAUAGUGAAAACGGAAAACGGCACGAACUCGUCAGGUGCGCUUAUUGUAACAGCAACCGGAAAUGCAGCGCGCACCACAACCACAACGACGAACACGACGCCAUCUUUUGGAUCGCUGGGAGAUUUGAAUGGUCACGAGAAUGGCACGACGGCCGAAGACAUACAUUUGGACGAUUUAUACACACGCUAUCGCCAACGGCUGCGAAAAUCGCUCUUCAGAUCGGGGCUGCUCAUAUCGCUGGUGUCAUGUGUCGUGUCCAUAAUAAUUGGUCUCGUUUACGAGCAGCACCUGCUGCAGACACUGCUUUUGGCCCUGGCCACCAUUAUAUCGGCCUCGAUACUCACGGCCCUGCAGUUUCCGGCUGUGCUGAGCUCACCAGCUGCCGCUUUGGCCUUCGCCAUUGUUACCACCUUCUCGCUGGGGACUAUAGCGGCCAUAACGGGCGAUGAGCUGGCUCCACUGCCCAUGUUUGCAUUGUUCCUGGGCAUACACACCAUGCUGCCCAUAUCCUGGCCAGUCUCUGUCGUCCUGGCACUAUUUAUGACCGCCAUACAUAUCGUUUAUAGAAUCGGCACCAGCGCUGACUACGCCCCCAACCUUCCUAUGCUCUUUGGCGAAAUUGUUAUGCUGGCCAGCGCUUCCGUUUCCGGCCUCUAUUACCGCAUUAUGUCGGAUGCGGCGCACAAUCGGACUGUCGAUGGCACGCGGACGGGCAUUGAACAGCGCGUCAAGCUGGAGUGUGAGCGGGAACAGCAGGAGCAGCUAUUGCUGAGUGUCAUUCCAGCCUACAUUGCUGCAGAGGUCAAACGCAGCAUUAUGUUGAAAAUGGCGGACGCUUGCCAGCGCGCAGGAGGCCAGGCCUCAACUUCGGCCACACGCUUUCACGAGCUGCACGUUCAACGGCACAAUAAUGUAUCUAUUUUAUAUGCAGAUAUUGUUAACUUUACACCGCUCUCCGAAGUGCUGACCGCCAGCGAUUUGGUAAAAACUCUCAAUGAUCUCUUUGGCAGAUUUGAUCAAAUUGCACAGGAAAACCAAUGUUUGCGCAUCAAGAUACUCGGUGAUUGCUAUUACUGUGUGUCGGGUCUGCCCAUCUCGCGGCCGCAGCAUGCAACCAAUUGUGUCAACAUGGGCUUGCAAAUGAUCGAUGCCAUCAGACACGUGCGUGAGGCGACCGGCAUAAAUGUUGACAUGCGAAUUGGCAUUCAUACUGGCAACGUACUCUGCGGCGUCCUUGGCCUACGCAAGUGGCAAUUUGAUGUUUGGAGCGAUGAUGUUACCCUUGCUAACCACAUGGAGAGCGGCGGCGUGGCGGGCCGCGUGCACAUCACAAAGCAAACUUUGGACUUUCUGGGUGAUAAAUUCGAGGUGGAGGAGGGGAAUGGCGGCAACCGCGAUGCCUACCUAGCUGAUCACAAAAUCGAAACUUAUCUUAUUGUUCCGCCGAGGCCCGCAUAUUCGCAUAGUGUGCCACGAGUCGUAGAGUGUGUUGAGCAUAGCGAUGCGCACGAAAUCGGAGCCGGGGAUGCAUCAGCGCCACAAAGCGAUGGCAACGAUGCCACGGAGAAGCUCCUGCCUGUGGAGACAAAACAGCUCUCACCAGAAGUUGGAGAAAAACUAUCGCCCACAUCGAUCCAUAGCCAAGAGUCACCGGCGCUGCAUGCUCCCCUUGCUUCCGCAACCUCCAUGUCCAUCAAAGAGGAUGACGAGGAUGAGGAUGCCGCUGGCAAUCCCGACCAGCCGUUAGUCGUCAAAGAGCUGGAAAUGACAAACAAUAGUCCACCGAUGGUGGUGCAUCGUGGCAGCGGCGACUCAGCCGCCUCCGAAUCGGCAGUAAAAUCGGCAGCAUUGUCGCUACCCGCCGAGGAUAUGCUCAGUAUAAGUGGCAGCGAGAGUGGCGUCUCAAACAGCGGUGCUUUGGGCGCACCCACGCCCAACGAAGGCGGCCCUACAUCCAGCGCUUCGCCAACACCCACGCACAGCGCCACGACCCCUGCAACAACGGCGGCAACUGCGGGACCGCCGACAGCUGGCAGCAACAGUCUAACAGUGAGCGAAGCACCCGAGAGAUCGCGUCGCAAGCUCUCCGUACAAGGUCUCAUCUCGUUUGCCGACAGGCGCCGUUCGUCGGGCGCCUUCAUCGAAGGCCGCAAGCUCUCCAUACACAGCGGUGAAAGUUUUCGCAGCCAUGCAGGCCAUGUGACACGCAAUCGCCCUUCAUCGAAGAUGACCAAAUAUGUGGAAUGCUGGGGCGCAGAUCGACCCUUUGCAAAUAUUGCCGAAUCGAAGCUGGUGAAGAACAUUGGACUAGCGAGCAUUGCCAUGAUUGAAUCAAAUUUACUGCCGCCGGAGCGUAAAUGUUUCAAUUUUAAUUUCUUCGGGCCACCCACGGAGCUGAAGCCGUUCACCAUGUGGUAUCGGAACACGCCCCGCGAGGCAAUGUACCGAGCACAGCCGGACACUCAUUUUCGCUACGAUCUAAUUUGCGCCUUCGUCCUCUUCCUCUCCUUGGCUGUGGUGCAGCUGAUUGUAAUCGAGUUAAACAUCGCUCUCCUUGGCUCUUUGGUGGCUAGCUUUGUAUCGCUGGCAUUGUUUCUCUAUCUGAGCAACAUGUCGGUGCCGGAUGUGCAUGCCUCGGCCACGGAACGCAACGGACCCGGCCAGGUGGUGGCCAGCAGUCGUUAUCUGCGUCUAGCCAUGUUCAUUAUCGUCAAUAUACUCAUAUCGGUGUGCGCAGUAUUCAGUGUGAUUAACUACACAUUGCCCGACUCGGAUGCUUUCUCGGAUCUGGGGGGCAUGACGAAUAGCAGCACAAGUGGCAAUAUUAGCAGCGGCAGCCUCAGUGGUAAUAGCAGUAGUGUCCUGUUGGAGGAUCUACAGCCGCUGGAAAUUGCACAUGCGAUUCCCAUUGCACCCAUCUUUCUUUUCUGCUGCGCCAUCAGCUUGUCAGCAAUAUCGGCAUUUCUGCGUUCCGGCUUUAUAUUGAAGUUGAUUGCCAUGCUGGUGACUUUGAUUGGUCAGGUGAUUGUGCUCGGAUAUAGUGAUCUCUAUGCGCAAUAUAAUCUGCACAAUCUAGACUUGGGUCUGCCGCUGGAGGUGAAGGGAUUUCUGUUGCUGCUGCUCGUCGUCGCUGUGCUGCAUACGCUGGAUCGUCAAGGCGAGUAUGUGGCGCGCACAGAUUUCUUGUGGAAGGCCAAGCUCAAGGUCGAACAGGAGGAGGUAGAAACUAUGCGGGGAAUCAAUAAGAUUCUACUAGAGAACAUUCUGCCUGCUCAUGUGGCUACGCACUUCUUGCAUCUGGAAAGAUCUACGGAGCUGUAUCACGAAAGUUACUCCUGUGUGGCCGUUAUGUUCGCCUCCAUACCCAACUACAAGGAGUUUUAUGAUGAAACCGAUGUUAAUAAGCAGGGACUGGAGUGCUUGCGUCUAUUGAACGAAAUCAUUUGCGAUUUCGACAAGUUACUCUUGAAGCCAAAGUUUAGUGGCAUUGAAAAGAUCAAAACCAUAGCGAGCACCUACAUGUGUGCAUCAGGUCUGAGGCCCGGUAAAGAGGAUGGCGCCACGUCGCGUAGUUUUGCGGACGAGAAACGCACCGAGGAGCACAACGUUGUCAUAUUGGUUGAGUUUGCGAUUGCUUUGAUGUCCAUAUUGGAUUCAAUUAAUCGCGAGUCGUUCCAACGUUUCCGGCUGCGCAUCGGUCUCAACCAUGGACCGGUCAUUGCUGGUGUGAUUGGUGCACAGAAGCCGCAAUAUGACAUUUGGAGCAAUACAGUGAAUGUGGCCUCACGGAUGGAUUCGUGUGGUGUUAUGGGCCGACUACAGACAACGGAGAAUACUGCAAAGAUAUUAAUGGCUGCCGGCUAUGAAUGCGAGUGUCGGGGCCUCACCUAUGUCAAGGGCAAAGGGAAUCUAGUCACUUACUUUGUAAAGACACCAUUCGAUGGAAAAUUAUAAUUAUGUGCGCUCACCUUGAGUCAGCAAUUGAUGUUAAUAUAGAGAAAUACAUAAAUAUCAUAUAGUAAAAAUUAAUUACUUAGUCUAGCUAAAAUAUUUUAGUUUAAUGCUUUGGGGCCUGUUGUUAUUUAUUCAAUUGGCUUUUGUUGUGUUAUUUUAGUUUUAAAGCAAUUGAAGCAUUUACAAUACACGCACGCAAAAAAAACAGUUUCUUUAGUUAGUUUAGUGUAAAAAUUAUAAAACGCAAGCGUUUUCAACUUUUUGAUUAAGCCGUUAGCAACAGUACUAGUAGCUCACUUAAACAGCGAAUAGUCAUACAUACAUUCAUACAUACAAGGUUUAGUGAUUCUAAUUAAUUUAUAUAAAAAAAAAAUAAAUAUUAUUAACCAAUCAAACAAAGCAAAUGCAAAUUAGCCCACCCAAAAAAAAAAAAAAAAAAAAACAAAUCAACUAAUCCUACAUAUGAAUGUAUAUGAACAAAGGUGCAACUGAAAUUAGCAAAUACAACAAAUGACUACUCAACCUCCUAUACAAGACAGAAUGUAAAAUAAAUAUUUUGGCAGCCUCAAAUAAUUUGACCUGAAAUUUUGAGAAGUUGACAAACGUACCUAAAUACAAACUAAACUUCGAAUUUAGAAGUCUACCGCUUACCAUCUAUAAAUAAAUACAUAUAUAGUACAUACAUAGAUGGAAAUCUUCAAAAAAUGCAAUAAAAGUAGGGAGUUUUGUUUUGCUUAAUUUUUCAUUAAACAGCGAAUAUACGGAUUAAGUAUUAUUUACUUUUCUUAUUUUCCAAAAAUUCGCUCUAAUAUUGCACAAAAGAUAACAACAAGCACAUGAAAAGUUACAUUUACAGUACUUUUAUAGUUUACAAACUUUUUAAAUACUAAAACAAAUGUUAUAUAUUUUUCUACUAAACUUAACCUGUUGUAAGCCUCAGCAAACUAUUUUACAUUUUGUAUUCAAACUUUUUACAACACAAACACGUAAAUUGCUAUCACAAAAUAUUUCUCAAACUACCAUUGUUUUAUACAAAUUGUAUGUAAUCCGUAGGUAUACGUAAUCGUACAUAUCAACACAACUAUGUACAUACAAUCUGUAUAUGCAAAAUAAAUCAUCAAUUACAACACACUCUCAACAAUCUAAUAAUUGUACGUUCAUACUCGUAUAUAUAUAAAGCAUAUUGAAUAAAAACAUAUAGAAAGCCUAUUUAUGUUCAUCACAGGAUAGUAUUAAUCAAUCAACAUA